AUGGAAUUGUCACCACCACAACCAUCUCCACCCAACCCUUUCAUUACACUUCCACCACCACCAACACGUCACCACCAAACUCCACCUUCACCUCCACCGCCACCAUAUUCCAUUACACCUCCUUCUCCACCAUCUCCCAUUACACCUCCUCCUCCUCCUCAGAAAAACUCAAAAUCAACAUCAAGUUGUUUCAUCGUGCUUACAACUACAACCCGAUCCGAAAUGGAGUUGUCACCACCGCAACCAUCUCCACCCAACCCUUUCAUUACACUUCCACCACCACCACCACGUCGCCACCAAACUCCACCUUCACCUCCACCGCCGCCAUAUUCCAUUACACCUCCUUCCCCACCAUCUCCCAUUACUCCUCCUCCUCCUCAAAAAAACUCAAAAUCAACAUCAAGAAACGAUAACAAAUGCAGCAGCAACUUCAAUACCCUUCUCAGAAGCUUAUGUGUCCACCCUGCAAAGUUUAAGGAGAGAGAAGCCUCUGAGAUUCUUAAGGAGGUGACAACACCCCCGGCGCUAGCUCUUCCUGAUUUUACUCAGGAGUUUGUAAUUGAAAAUGAUGCUCUGGGUAAUGGGUUGGGUGCCAUUCUUUUGCAGCAAGGCUGGCCUAUGUGCUUUUUACAGAGUAAAGCUUUAAGCGAUCACAAUUUAACCAAAUAUACAUUCGGAAAAAAAUUGAUGGAGCGGCAUUAG